UUGUUCGUCCAGUACUAGAUUGUUUUUUGAUUGUUCAUUGUAGCUACCCGUUAGUCAGGAAAAUUGUACAGGUUCGCUUUUCACCCCAGUGUGUUUGCUUUGUUUUCAGAGACAUGUAUCAACGGCUGGAUACUGGGCUGUUAAACGCAUAAAUAAUGCGUUUUAAGAAUGAGAUGUUGAAUUCAGUGAAGAAGCAACCAAGCAGAGGCUUUCAAAUAGCAUGUGUCCCAAUCUAACGAUUUCAUAAUACGUAUAUCCAGUCACCAGAACGGGAAUUUAAAACCGGAAAGCAGCAUGAGGAAAAGUGGAAAGGGUACAGUGAACAUGAAAAUGGGAGAUCAGCUGGCAUGAAAUGUUCAGAUAUCAGCGUUUUAUUUCACACCCGUCAAUUGCUGGGCCUUCUACACUUUGCAGGAGAAAAGCCUUUUUAAACUGUGAUUAAGUCCUGAGCCAGUAAAAUAGCCUUUGAACUUUUAGUAUGGUACAAUAAAUGCUUAAUUGGAAGAACUAAUAAACUAAGGAUGUUUCUAACAUGUGAAAUGCUCACAUAGGUCAAACAUGCCACCAGGAAUGACAAACAAAACUAAACUACUAACGUUCACACUCAAACCAAAGGAUGACUACGCACUAAAUGACACCUGCCGGCCAUGGAACAGCAUUGGUUCUCUCUGUAAAUGCAGUUUGCAUCAAUCAUGGAAGUCCUGGGCAACGAGGCACUGGGAAGAGUCAUCAAGCUCGUGGAUGAGACCAAGUUUCUGUUGGAUCUGGAAUGCAAGACAUUUUCCGGCAAAAGGGCGCGGCACCCGGGAAGCUUCUUAAACAUCCUGUCGGCAGGAGGCCUGGAGGAAGAACAUUCCUAUGACGGAUGUGGAAGAAACUCUGAGGCAAGAACCAUAAUGGAGACUGCAGACACAGAGUCUCAGCGUCCCGAGUCUCCCUUCACCCUGGCUGUGUCGAUCAAAGAUGAGUUUGGAAACAUUGACUUGAAGUCCAUUAUUGUGGAUCACUUUGGCCUUGGUUCAGGGGAAGGGGGAGCACAAGGAGAGGGUGCUGAGGGCAGUCAGGAUCCCAUAAGCCUCGGAGGAAGGAGAUCCUUCAUAUGUUCGGAGUGCGGGAGAAGUUUCUCCACCCUGAGUAACCUGAAGUCGCACCAGCGCAUUCACACGGGUGAGAAGCCUUUCGGCUGUGUGCUCUGCGGCAAGGCGUUUGCGCACAAGCAGAGCCUCGCGGACCACCACCGCGUGCACACGGGCGACAAGCCGUUCGUCUGCCAGGUGUGCGGCAAGUGCUUCGGCAAGGCCGCGCACCUCAGGACGCACGAGAUCAUCCACACGGGCGAGAAGCCGUUCGCCUGCGACGUGUGUGGCAAAAAGUUCAACAUCGCGCAGAACCUAGCACGCCACCAGCACACGCACACGGGCCAGAAGAGCUUUACGUGCGCCGUGUGCCACAAGAGCUUCACGCGCGCCAAGACGCUGCUCACGCACCACCUGAUCCACACGGGCCAGAAGCCACACACGUGCGCUGUCUGCGGCAAGGCCUUCCGGCACGUGGUCAACCUGCGCAACCACGAGCGCAUCCACACGGACGCGAGGCCGUACACCUGCGAGCUGUGCGGCAAGACGUUCCGGCAGGCGGUCAACCUCAAGAUCCACCGGCGCAUCCACACGGGCGAGAAGCCCUUCACGUGCAAGGACUGCGGCAAGAGUUUCAGCCAGCAGAGCAGCCUGAUCUCGCACGGGCGCACGCACUCGGACCUCAAGCCCUUCGGCUGCCGCUACUGUGACAAGUGGUUUAACAACUCCAACAGCCUGAAGCUGCACGAGCGCGUGCAUACGGGCGAGAAGCCCUACAGCUGCGAGUACUGUGGCAAACGCUUCAGCCAGGGCAGCCACCUGCGCACGCACAAACGACACAUCCACGGCGGUGGCAAGCAGUACAUCUGCGACAAGUGCGGCAAGCGCUACGCCGACCCGCGCAACCUCAAGCUGCAUAAGUGUGUGUAUGCCUGAACGGUGCCCUGAGGGAGAGGCUGAUGGGAAUCAUAGGACAUGGCUAAGCCUUUCACCAGGAUGUGUGUUGCUAUCUUGGCUCAAAUUCAGGGCAGCAGUCUGCACUAAUGCAGUUUGUACUGAAUAUAGAUAAGAAUAGAAAGUAUUUCUCAAGUUUUUAUAAUGUAUAUCUUGUCUAAAAGAAAAAUAGAUUGAUUUUGUAUUAUUCUUCAGAAAAGAUUUCCAAAGAGCUAUUUUUAAGUAUGUUAGGCUGAUCGAAAGUGCAUCACACUAUUCCCUGUCUGUCUGUGAUUGCUGCAUUUGAGCCCAAAGCACAUGUGAAGUACCAAGCAGCUGCGUGAUGCUAACAUGGUGCCUCCUCUUGUAAAAAUCCUGUCUCUCACCACAGGCUGUUUAUAAACUGCGUGACUUUCCCAGUAGCCAAGCUGUUUCAUUUUUUUUUUCUCCUUUUGUCCCUCUUUCUCUCGUAUGAAUAAACCUCGAACAUUUUA